UGGUGCGUACUGUUGUUUAAUGAAUCGCUUAUCAUUUUUACAAAACUUAAGUUAUUUUCUAUUCAAUGAAAGAACGUGAAUUGUGUAAUCAAAAUAAAAGUUUUUUCUCAACAUACUGGCAUAUUAUGAAUAUUAAAACCAUCAAACAUUGAUCACGCACAGUUAAACUAAACUAUAAUAUUAUUUCCAUAGCAACAACUACUUGCAUCGUGAAUUCGGUUGACAAGACAGUAUGACUGAACAGGCGGAUGUUAAACUAAAAACUUACCAUUGGACAAAUCAGAUCCAAUCCUAUGAGAAACUGGUUCGUGACGAAGAAAGUAAAUUAAAUGUGGACCAAGGUAUAAAAUUAGGAUGGAUCGAAGGUGUACUAAAUCCAUGUUUACUCAGUAUAUGGGGUGUUAUGCUUUUUUUGCGGAUGCCAUGGAUUGUAGGACAAGCUGGCAUAUUUGAUUCAAUUUUGAUUAUCUUCAUAUCACUUGUAAUAAUUAUUAUCACUGCCUUUUCACUGUCAGCCAUCAGCACCAAUGGACGAGUUAAAGGAGGGGGUUUAUAUUUUAUUAUUUCCAGAUCAAUCGGGCCGGAAUUUGGAGCAUCUAUUGGAAUUCUUUUGGCAUUAGCCAAUACCAUUUUAGUAGCAUUAAACACAAUCGGAUUUUGUUUGUCAUUAAAAUCAUUAUUGAAUACGUUUAACAUACAUGCAAUGGAUUCCAAUUUUAUAUUUAUACUUAUAGGAUUUAUAGCGAUACUUAUUAUGGGAGUAUUGUGUGGUGUAGGUAUGGAUGAUGAAGCUAAGAUUCAAAAUAUAUUGCUAAUUUUUAUUGUUGGUGCAAUUUUCGAUGUCUUAAUCGGAUCAUUUAUAGGACCAACUAAUGAUGAUGCAAUAGCUUCUGGCUUCACUGGAUUUAGCAUGAAGACAUUUAAAGAAAAUUGGUAUUCAAAUUAUACGAACGAUCAAUCUUUUUUUACAAUUUUUGCCGUUUUUUUUCCAUCGGUUACGGGUAUCCAAGCUGGAGCAAAUAUAUCGGGAGAUCUUAAGGAUCCAAGUUCAUCAAUACCGAAGGGAACUCUGUUAUCGAUCCUCAUUACCAUUACUUCGUACGUAGUUUUAGUGAUAGUGCCGGGGGCGGUUCAACUUAGAGAAGCAAGUGGCCAUUCAAAUGAAAUACUAAAUGAAUUUUAUUUAAAUUGUUCAUUUAGGAAAUGUAAUCAAGGAUUAUACCAUAACGAAAAUUUGAUGCAGACAAUAUCUUUAUGGCCGUAUCUCAUAUACCUUGGAUGUUUUGCAGCCACCCUAAGUACUGCAUUGACUGCCUUAAUUGCUGUUCCUAAAAUAUUACAAAGAAUGGGUCAAGAUGAUAUUUAUCCAUUCCUUAAAUACUUAUCAAAAGGUUAUGGAAAAUCUAAUGAACCUUAUCGAGCUCACAUAUUGGCUAUUGUAAUAUCAUCGAUAUUUCUUUUGAUAGGUGAACUGAAUGCGAUCGCGUCAUUCAUCUCAACGAUUUAUCUGUGUGCUUACGCUUUGUUAAAUUUGUGUACCUUUCAUGUUGCACAUUUUCAACCAUUGGGUUGGAGACCAUCAUACAAGUUUUAUAACAAAUGGUUAAGUCUUACUGGUGCUAUUAUUUGUUUUUUGGUGAUGAUAUUUAUUGACAAACAAAUGUCAGUAAUCGUUGCGUGUAUUAUAUGGAUUUUAUAUACAAUUGCAUCUGGAAAGAAAGACGAUAUAAAUUGGGGAUCCUCAAGGCAAAUACAAMAAAUUAAAACCGUUAUAAAGAAUGUGUACAUGGCUGACACCAUUCAACAGCAUGUCAAAAACUAUAUACCAAAUAUUAUGGUACUUUCUGGCGAUCCUGAAUCAAGAAAAGAAUUGGUUUAUUUUGCUCAUAUAAUAACUAAAAAUAAUGGCUUACAAAUGUGUAUCAAUAUAAUAAAGGAUCCUUUAAUAAAUAAACAAAAAAAAGAACUGCUGGAAAAAGGAGUGAAUUGGUUACAUCAAACUGGGAUCAAAUCUUUGUACAAUGUUCUUGAUAAUAUUGAUUUGGAUAUUGGUGUUCAUAUAAUAAAUAGUUGUGGUCAUGGUAUUCUUACACCUAAUAUUAUUCUAAUAGGUUAUAAACAUGGCUGGUUUAACUGCACGGAUGAUGAUAUACAAACCUAUUUAAAUAUAUUAAACUUAUCAAAUAUGGAUGGAAUUGCGACUAUAAUAGUUCGGUUACCGAUAAAUGAUACAAUUAUUGAAAGCAAAGAUAGAAAAUUGGCUAAAAGCACAGAAACGCAAUUUUACGAAGAUGAAAAAGUAAACAGUACAUCAUUAAUAAAUGAAGAAGAAAAAUAUAUAUCAAAGGAAUUUGAUUGUUCUGUAAAAAUGCACGAUACCCAAUUUUCGUUUCUCACAAAACGUAAUAAUGGGACAGUGGAUGUAUGGUGGCUGUUUGACGACGGAGGUUUAGCAUUGAUUAUCGCACACAUAUUUAAAUCGUGCGAUGUCUGGAAAAAAUGCAAUUUUCGAAUAUUUGGUGUGACUGAUCAAUUAAUAAACGUAGACAUGGAGAAAAACAAAUUAAAACAAUUACUAGCAAUGUAUCGAGUUCAAUUUGAUUUUGUAGACGUUGUAUUAGCAAAAGCAACCAGCCUUAAAACCAUGGCAAAUUUCACCACUUUAUGGAACCAACAAUUUAUCAAUCAAGAAAGUCAACCACAAGACGAUGAAAAAUAUAACAAACAAACUGUGAUUGAUACCUUAUAUGUAAAAGAUUUAUUAGAAACGUAUUCAAUGCAAUCUGAUUUGAUCAUUAUAUCAUCUAAAACUACAGAGAAACUAGACCAAAUACACAUGUACUGGAUGGAAGUGAUAACCAGAGGAUUACCACCUUGUAUUUUAAUUCAAGGAAACAAAAUUAAAACCGUAACAGCUAGUGCUUAAAUUUGAAUAAUUAUGUAUCAUUAUAUAUUUAUUUUUUU